AAUAUGAAAGAAAUUUUAUAAAGCAAUAUUAUAUUGGGUAUUCCAUUAAUAUUUAUAUGUUUUAAUAAAAAAAAACAUUAAAUUUCUGAUUUUUUCACAUAGUCUAAUGCGCGCAUGCGUAAAUAUAUAUGUAUAUCAAUUUCCGGUGUAUAUUCCAAGUAUAUUUCCUUUUCUUUCUAAACAUCCAACAUGGUAAAUGUGCCGAAACAGAGGCGCACUUUCUGUAAAAAGUGUAAAGUACAUAAACCACAUAAAGUAACACAAUAUAAAAAAAGUAAAGAACGUCAUGCAUCCCAAGGUAGAAGACGUUAUGAUCGUAAACAACAAGGUUUUGGUGGACAAACUAAACCCAUUUUUAGGAAAAAAGCAAAAACUACAAAAAAAAUUGUAUUAAGAAUGGAAUGUACAGAAUGCAAAUAUAGAAAACAAAUUCCUCUUAAAAGAUGUAAACAUUUUGAAUUAGGAGGUGAUAAAAAACGAAAGGUAAAUAAUAUAUUAAAAUGUAAUUUUUUUUUGCAAUAUUUUAUAUAAUUUAUUCAUUAAUUUAUAAUAAUAAUAAUGUUUCAUUGCAGGGACAAAUGAUUCAGUUUUAAGAUGAAGUUAUAUAUAUAAACUUAUUAAAUGUAUUUAAUAAAAUAUGAAAUAAAUCUUCUGAAUAUUUGUAUUUA